CGAUGACGUGCGACAUCGAAUUCUGAAGGAAGAACAUUUAAUAUAAUUCGAUAUGACAUCAAAUAUUUCCCGUUACUUUACUCUUCCAACAAUUUCAGUUCAGAAUGGGAUUUUGAGAUUCAUCAAUCUUAAUGAAGAUCUGCAAUCAGUCCUCAUAGAUGGGGAUUUAUCAAUUGGUACUCCACUUUUUCUUGCCACCGAUGUCCUGACUGGGACAUCAGUGACAGCCGAUAAUCAGCCUAGAAUACAUGCGAGAUAUGGCAAGCAAGGACUGGCUACCAAGCUUACAUUCCCUUCAGGAAUUAAAUUCCCUGGAUUACAUGGGACAAGCCGAGGGUUGUGGUUUUACAGCAUCGUAGGUGCUCUCAAGGUGACAUUUGAGUUCCACUCACCACAUCAGCAAGUAGCCAUAAUGGAUGCUCUACAGGACGUCUGGAGAAAGAGGUACAAGGAUCCUUCACUUCCAUCUAGUAUAGAAGUACAGUAUAUUAACAAUAACAGUAGCAAGAGCAGAGGUGUUGAUGGUGACAUAUCUCUACAAUCAACUGGACCAAGUGUGCCUAUUGACCACAGAGAGACAACGCACCAUGACCCUUUGGAUGGAAAAGGAAUUCCAGAUAGAAGCCAGGAAGAAUCUAGGAAUGUAAUUAAAAGGCAAUACACAAUCUCAAUAAGCAACACAGUGCCUAAAAGAAAGAGGACGCUAGAAGAAUUUGUGAAUGCACCUGUUCUUAAAAUCAACAAAAGUACUUCAACGGAGGAUCAAGUUCUACAAGAUGGAAAUGGCAUUUCAGAUAUUCAAGUUCACCAUAUUGAGGAAGUGUUAACAGAGAAUGAGUCUCCAAGGUCCUCUUCUGACCAGGCCAAAUGCCUUUGUGGUUCCAUAAAGCAAAGGUUACGAGAGUUAGGGGAACGGUUCAAUGAUGAAAUUCUCACAGAGGAACUCACCUGCUCCAUGGAGCAUGUUGUAGAAAUGCUGCAUGUCAUGACGAGAGUGGAGAUCGACGCUUGCCUGCAGCUCCUGAACAGCCUGUCGGAUGCUGUAUGUGAAACCAGAGAGAGGGACAGUGGAGCAGCCCUAGGACAGAAAUCAGACAGGGUUAGCCAGGUUUUGGCAGAAUGGCUGGGGUUAAAGUUCAAUCAAGAGGUAUCGCAAAUCAGUGAAAGGGUUGUGGAGUUCAAACAAAAGAACAUUGACCAGAUCAACAACUUGCCGCAGGCAAAGCAGCUGGUGAACUCUCUUUUCCCUGAACCAAUGGUAAACUUCAUCAUGGCAUGGUUAGGAAAAAGAACUGAGCAAAGAAACUCUUGCAGUGAGAUGGGAAACGCAGCCAAUGAUCUACUCCUUGAAAAUGAUUUUCCUAUAUCUAGUGAUGAUGAUUGUGUUAGGACAACAGGGAUUCUGAAGAACAAACCAAACGAAGAAGACAUUUCUUGUUACCCAUUAGCUCAGUUCAUCCUUGAGCUAGCUAACCAAACACUUAUAUCUGGUAUGGCUCAUGUUAUAUACCCAAGGCUCAUCCAAAGUACAAAUUCUUGAUUUGGUCAGGCAUUAUAUCAAAGCUCGUAUGUGGCUUCUUUACCUCUUCUCAUUCUGUUGGCUUCAGAGAUUUAUUUUUAGGUUUAAUUAGAUCCUUUCAGCUGCCUUCAAAUAAAUGUUUCAAAUGUAAUCAAUUGAAAUGUGCAGAUAAACCAUUUCAUAUAUCAGGAGGAAGAUAGUUCAUGCGAAACUCAUGCGAAAUUUAAGGGUAAUCUAAACCUUGGAAUGACUUGUAAGGAAUUGGUUUUGUGUGUAAGCUGAAAUAUAAGAAAAAUAUGUGGCCCAUUUGAAACUCCCUUUUGGAUAGUGGUAAUAACUUCUAAUAACCUGUUUUGUUGUAUUUUGCGUGUUGCAAGCCCUGUUACGUCAAUUUAAUUUUCAUAGUUCUUGCACAUAUUGUUUUGAUUUUGAUUAUUGUGCAUAGGCAAUAAAAAAAAUAACUGCUAAUUAUUGAUUUUGCUCAUUAAUCUUGCUAAGAGCUAGGACCUCUCUUUUGUCAGAAGCCUGGUAUGGGCUGUCUCCUCAAGAAUUUCUGAUCAGGGGCAAUGUUGUAGACUAUCCGUGGUCGAUUAAUCUGAUCAAGCCUGGUCAAGUUAGUUUCAUUCAGUGCGAUGUACACAACCAUGUAAUACAAUGUGCUGUGUUUAUUUUCUUUCUUUUUCAGUUAAUGCUUUCUGAUAUUUCUGUAUUUCUCUGAUUAUUUAGUACAAGAUUAUUGUUUUAUUGAUGCAUUUUGAAUUUGAAAUCAUUUGCAUUUUCUUCAUGUGUUUGAGCUAGGUAUAUAAACGGAAUGGUGGUGUUGUUCAUUUCAUACAUUUAUUUCUUAUUUCACAUGGUAAUGCAUAUAAAGCAAAAACAUUUGACUUAAAAGCAAAAAGGUUUGACUUUUCCCCCAUCAUGUGAAUUACUGAAUUAAUUAUUCAGGUGCUGGUUAGUCAAAGACCAACAGUGGAGCCUUUAAUAGCUGAUUGUUUUCUCGCUGAUUUUUUUUAAAGAAAAAUAACCUCACACAAACGGAAUUGAAAUUCCAUGAUAACGAGAUUGCUUUCAUUUCACUUGAGCCCCCACUUGAGAUUAGAAGUAAUGAAGGAAUGUAAAUGUGUGAUUUCAGAUAUAUUUAAGACCAUUGCUUUGUGCAUAGCACGAAGAUACAUGUGUUUGAUAUAUUGCAAUAAAUGGAAAAUAUUAAAGCAUAAGA